AUGAGACAUUCACCACGCACAUCGAUAUUUAUAUGGAUUAUAUUUCUAAAUAAUCUGCAAUGGAAUAUUGCAGCCAAAGUCAAGACAAAAGUAGUGCUCUUUCAAAAUGCCACCACCUUCCACAAUCCCGACUACUUCAAUCGCUAUGAUAUCUCAUUUUCCGAGGAUCAUCAAAGUAUGGACUGCGAUACGAUGCUAAUACGUAACAUCACCGAACCGCUUUGGGAUAAAUUCAGUGUUGAAAUGAAAUUGAAAAAGGAUAACAACUAUCGGGUCCUUGUCACCUAUGUGUUUAAUGUUUGUGACAUUUUGGGUAAAUCUUUUAAGGAGUCGACCAGCCUAUUUGGCCUCUGGGCACAAAAUAUGUUGAAAUAUGGUAAUCUGCCAAAGUCAUGUCCUAUACUGGCGAAUCUUUAUAGCUGGCAUAAUUUUCGUAUAGAAAGGACUAGUAUUCCGCCGAUGGUUUUGAAUGGUUAUUAUCGCUUGAAUAUCACCAAUUUUCUUAAGAGACCUCAGGGCAAUGUGAUCAUAACAGAUUCUACGAUGAUUAUGGUUGUUAAAAUGAAAUAUUAA